GGCUCAGACCUCGGCGCGAUGGCCAUGGCCGUGGCGGCGCCGAGCAGCGUGCUCGCGCUGUCGAGGCGCAGCACCCAUGGACGGUUUGUAACGCCGUUACGACCGCCGCCACGCGUGACCAACACAGCAAGACCCGGAAUGUCCGGCUUUUCCUUUGUGAAGUUUGCGAUCGUGGGUGGCCUGGCGCAUUGGCUGGCGAACUUCUUCAACUGGGCCAGGAAGCCAAAGACUGCACCAGGGCCAACGGAAGCUUUGGUCAGAAGGCAGCAACGAGCUCAGGAGGAGGCCGAGGAAGCCAAGAAGCAGUUUCGGCGAGCAUCCCAAUUCUUCGUGAACACCAGAGAGCCUUCAGCAACACAGUCGGAAUCCACCGGUGUGGUGCUCAACCGUUCAGCACCAGAGAUUGUGUCCUGUGCGCGACGGCGGCUGGAGGGGGCGCUGGCUUCCCUACGCGAAGCAAACGCCGAACUACGAGAGGCGCAGGCGGAUCUCCGCGCCUAUCCAGUGCCUGAUUAUCUUGCUCCAGCGCAGGAGCAGGGUGCCAUCAUGAUUGGUGUCACAGGCUACCCAGGCGUUGGAAAGUCUUCGUGGGUCAAUGCAGUACGUCGCGUCUCCUCACCGAACGACCCCGACUUCGCCGAGCUGUGUGUGGAUGGGCCCACGAUGGAGCCGCACAGUUACAGGUUUCCUGCGCAGACGAACAAACCUUGCGUCAUUUGGGACUUGCCAGGAGUUGGUACUGCAGGAUUUCCACCAGAGACAUACCUGCAGAACUUGGGGAUCAGGCACUUUGAUGUCGUCGUCCUCAUCACGGAUCAGAGAUUUACGGAGGCCGAACUUUUGUUGCUGGAAGACCUGCGACACUGGAAUGUGCCCUUCUUCAUGGUCCGCAAUAAGAUUGAUUUGGAUGUCCAGCGCGAACUGGAAUCGGAGCAGGAGGUUUUGGACAACCGAGGCUUCGGAGACAAGCUCGACAAUGAGGAAAG